AGAACUGAAACGACAGCGCUCUGUGCGACUCACAAUCCAUGCCAUUUAGGACGUAUGCAGAAAACGCCACUUCCUCUGCUUCUCUUCUGCACUGGAAAAAGCUGGGACCAUGACUGUCGUAUGAAAACGGCUUGGUGUGACUCGGACUGGAGGGACGAACAGAGCCAAAAAGCCCGUUUCAGGUGUCAGCUGGUAAAGUGUGUGUGUGGGGGUGUGUGAGAGUGUGUGUGUGCGUGUGUGCGCGUGCAGGCACGUGUGUUUUCCCAGUCCAGUCAGUAUUUGGAGCAGAGUGUGGCCUGAACACAUCACAGAGGGACAAUGAGCGAGCUGGAACAGUUGCGGCAGGAAGCCGAGCAACUACGCAAUCAGAUCCGGGAUGCCAGGAAAGCAUGCAGUGACUCCACUCUGUCACAGAUCACAGCUGGUCUGGAUUCGGUGGGCCGGAUACAGAUGCGGACGCGACGCACUCUCAGGGGCCACCUGGCCAAGAUCUAUGCAAUGCACUGGGGGAGCGACUCCAGGUUACUUGUUAGUGCCUCACAAGAUGGAAAGCUAAUUAUCUGGGACAGCUACACAACAAAUAAGAUGCAUGCUAUCCCGCUGCGCUCUUCCUGGGUGAUGACAUGCGCCUACGCCCCUUCUGGGAACUAUGUGGCCUGCGGAGGCCUGGACAACAUCUGCUCUAUAUACAGCCUGAAGACCCGCGAGGGCAACGUGCGCGUCACCAGAGAGCUACCCGGACACACAGGUUACUUGUCCUGCUGUCGUUUCCUGGAUGACAACCAGAUACUGACCAGCUCUGGGGACACCACCUGUGCACUGUGGGACAUAGAGACAGGUCAGCAGGCCACCACAUUCACUGGCCACACAGGGGACGUCAUGAGUUUGUCUCUAAGUCCAGACUACAAGACCUUUGUGUCAGGAGCCUGUGACGCCACCUCCAAGCUGUGGGACAUCCGUGAUGGCAUGUGCAGGCAAUCCUUCACUGGCCAUGUGUCCGACAUCAACGCCGUCAGCUUUUUCCCCAAUGGGAAUGCCUUUGGCACAGGCUCAGACGAUGCCACCUGCAGGCUGUUUGACCUGCGCGCCGACCAGGAGCUGAUGAUGUACAGCCAUGACAACAUCAUCUGCGGCAUCACCUCCGUGGCUUUCUCCAAGAGUGGCCGACUGCUCCUGGCCGGCUACGACGACUUUAACUGCAACGUCUGGGACACUCUGAAAGGGGAGCGAGCAGGUGUUCUAGCGGGCCACGACAACAGAGUGAGCUGCUUAGGGGUGACAGAAGACGGCAUGGCUGUGGCCACCGGCUCCUGGGACAGUUUCCUCCGGAUCUGGAACUAAACAAACCUCGCCCCUGUUGUACUCAAUCACUGCCUGCCAACUUCCUCCCCACAACCUCACCCUACAUAUCCAAACUCAUCUGCUGGGCUGGACCUGCGGGGUGCACACUGCAUCACCCUCAGUUCUCCUCUCCGCUGGCGACCCGCCCACCUGUGAGAAAACACCAACUCAACCUUGAAAUACCUUUCAAAGUGACAUUUUUUUUCACCCAGCUAUUACACAGAUACAAAAAGUAGGAACCUUUCAGUAGAGUUGUCCAAUCAAAAUUUUAAAAAAAUGAAAAAAAGAUGAUGAAUGAAAAACUGAAGGAAAAAAUAGAAGAUUUCGCCCUAAAACUGAUUCUCUAGAGGGCGAUAAAGAGCGUCUGUUACCAUGAUUAACAACAAGCAAGACGAGCGUUGGUGUGUAAUAUGUAAAUUUAUAUAUAAAGACAGUAUAUAUGUAUAGCAUUAUGUGUGUAUAUAUGCAUCAUAUAUGCAUAUAUAAUGUGUAUGUAUAUAUUUUUGUAGUUAAUUUCCCACCCUUGCUUUUUUUAUGAUUUUUUGGGGGGUUUUAUGAUUUAUUUCAAAUGUACAUAUUCACGUUAGUACACAGCAUAAUACCAGAAACACCUCUUUCAUCUGUGUGAGUGCCAGAUUCAGUGUCAAACAAUUCAGACACAGCCACGUGUCAUAAUUUUACCUAGAAAGUUCAUUUUCUACAAUUUCUUGUACUUGCUGAUUUAGUGAAGCCCACUCAUCCAGCAACAAACGAGGACGCAGCAAGUAAACAAAACAAUUAGCAAAAAUAUCAUUUGGCCCAGCUAAACUCCCUUUCCUCAUUUGUAUGUGCGUGUGUGUAUUCUAGUUACGGGGACUGGGUGUAACUCAUUCAUCCUGUAUCUACAAAUGUUGCGUCCAUGUGAAUGAUGGCAUUUUUCUUUUCUUUCAACAACACGACCCCUGACAUUUCUCACCACUGUCAUUUUAUUUGGAAGGAAACCGUCACACUGCUGUGGUAUUGAUUAGAGAGAGAGAGCUUCAAAACCAACACGCAGUGUAUUUCAGUUUUCAGUCUUGAUUGAGAUUUAACUUUAGGCUUUGAUAAAAAAAAAAAAUUGUUACUGGAGGCCCUGCCUCGGCCUCUACUCACGUGGAUUGUGGUUUCAAAUCAUCGGAUGCUGAAUACCUGAAGACCACAUCCAUUCUUUGUGAUAUGAUCGUCCUCAGCAGAGUUUAGCAUCAUAAUGUUCCCGUCUCCUGUGGCCUAUAGAAUCCACUCUUUUCCUUAAAGUCAAGACGUGCAGCUCAAGCUGCCCGUACAACUGACGCUGAUGGAGAAAGGGACGUCAAGGAGUGACACGUUGUCCCCGAGCAGAAGCCGUUUUCUACCUGUGAGCCUGUAACUGUGCUGUGGCCCGCAUGAACGGUAGAGCGCUCAGUCGCUGUGUGAGGAUAUGAAAGGACCGUAAAGGACAGCGGCGACUCUGUCAGCGGCCUCUGAGGACAGCAGAGGAGAUGAAGAGAGAGAGAAAGGCAUCUGUCAGAGCUCGCCAUGUCAUUUUUAAUCUUUUCUUUUUUCUAGAUGAAGGAUCAAGUCCUUUUCGUCGUCAGCAGGGUGUGAACUGAGUGACAGUGUGGAACUGAAAUCAUGUCAGCCGCUCCAAAAUCACACCAGUGCCACCACAAGCCUGUAAAAAAAAAAAAAAAAAGAAAGAAAAAAAAGUUUUUUUAAAGGGUUUAACACUUUUUUUUCCCCUUCACCAAAAACAUGUUAUGAACUGUUAAAUAUUGCUAGUGAAGAAAGUACACUUGGUAGACAGAAAUGUACACUUAGUAGAGAGCUAGAAAUGCACUCACAAGCUGUAGUACAAAUGUAAACCAUCGAGCACAUGUGACUUAUUUACCCAUAGAAGUGGUAUCUCUGAUUUUAAGUAUUUUUCCAUCACACAUCUUCCAUUCUUUUGGUUCCUCUAAAGGCUUAAUUUUGAAAAAUAUGAACACACAUAAUGUAUGUGAGCUGGACCUAUCCGUCAGCUGUCUCAGGUGCCUGUCUCUGAACAGAAACAUUUGACCCACACGGGCCGGACAAAGGAGGGUUUGUGCUCCUGUGAGAUGUGGCACUACUUUGUCUCCAUUCUGCCUUACAGUACCAUUCAUAUUAGAAGGCGAUACUAGCAUCGACUGCAGUAAUGUUUUCCCCAUACUGUUCCUUUUUACACACUGAUCAAUAACGAAGAUUUCUAAUUCUUUUUCUUUUCCUGAUAGAAGCACAUUCUGAUACUAGUGAACACUAAAAAGCAUGCUUACAGAAAAACCACCACAUGCAGCUCCAUACUGCUUCUUAAAGCAAGUGUUUUACAUCACUUUUUAUACGAUUCUGCUUUCUACUACUAGCGUACAGUUUGUAGUAUUUAUUAGGUUCAAUCAGCUAUCAAUGAAACCCCUCUUUGGCAUACCGUGACUCUAGUGACCUUUUUUCUUUUUUAAUGUUUUAGCUGCUUCUACCUGGCUUUGCAUUAAUGAACCCUUUUUGAGAGAAUGUUAAAUAUAACAGUUAUAGUUUUUAGCUUGAGAAUAACUUUGAGGUGUGUAGGAUGUGAUAUGUAUUGCAUAUCAGUGUUGAGGUGUGUGUGUGUGU